UGUUAAUCAGGCAAACUUUUGAGGUUGUUUAACUAUUAAAUGUCAAAAUUUAAAUCUGUUUAGUAUAUUUUAACUAAUACAAACUUCUAAAUCUAUAAAAUUAUCAGAUCUGAGUCUUUGGGACGUUAGUUAAACCAAAUGUAAACAUCGUAUUUAUGUAAAUAAUAAACAAUGCUGUAUGAGGCUUUUAUGGCUGGUGUCUGGUCAUCAUUGGGUAGUACUGUAGGUAAACUAUCAGGAACUCACUUUGUUGUAGGCGACAGUUAUUUAAUAUGGGCUGGUUUGCUUGUCAUAAUGAUGCUAGUUAAUACCUGGGGUUGCAGGUGUUACCUACGUUCACUUGACGCAGCAAAAAACUCUGUAGCACCAACGGUUAUAUCUUCUGCAUCUAGCUAUAUUUUAUCUGGUAUUUUUGGAGUUAUACUGUUCAAUGAAGCCGCGUCGAUCACAUGGUGGCUUGGAACUGCGCUCAUCGUCCAAGGCUUGGCGUUAGUUGCGCGACAACAAAAAUAAAGCAGUUUUAUCAGCAAUUCACGGCAGCGACUGCAGAAAUUUAUUUCUAUUAACUACGUAAUACCUUUCCUCUUCCCGCGAGUGUUGUACAAGGCGAAUAAGGGAAUAUAAAGGAGAACGGCCAAUGUGUUACCACCAUCUCCUGCGAUCACCAACCCAUCUGCCCAGCGUGGUGAUAAUGGAAAAACCCUCAAAUGUGGACAGACUGCAGACUGUUGCAGGCUAUUGAUGAACUACCACCUUAGUUGUCUUUAGUGACACAAUAGCAACACCUGCAUGAGAUCAGUUGCUCGCGACUCGCGACCGUUUCAAAUAUAUAAAGUACUAGCGUACCCAGCCCGCUUCGCCGGGCUAGAUUUUGCUUUAUUUUAUUUAAACAAUAAAGUUACAUCAUUAAAUUUUUAAUUUAAGUC